ACCGAGCGCAAAAUCCUUGAAAAUCACCUGAGAUUUUCUCCACUCCCCCCUCUAGGUUUUUGCCAUUCCCAGUUGUCCAAAACCAUUUUCUUCUCAUACCUCCUUCUUAGAAGACGGCUCUAAGUCGCCGGCGAAACAAAGGAGAAGAAGAAGAAACAAACGCGGCAAAGAUGGCCGCACCUGAAGCCCCUCUCUGCUAUGUCGGCGUCGCAAGAGCAUCCCCUGCUUUUCGCCUCAUGAAACAAAUGGGAUGGGAAGAAGGAGAGGGGCUAGGGAAAGACAAGCAGGGAAUCAAGGGAUACGUUAGAGUCAAGAACAAACAGGACACUAUUGGCGUUGGUGUAGAGAAGCCAAACAAUUGGGCGUUUGAUACUACUCAAUUUGAUAGUAUUCUCAAGAGAUUGAAAGUGCAAGCUGCACAUGCGCCUGAUGAAGCAGUUGGUGAGAAAAAGCACACACAAGAAGAAACAGAGCCUGGUGUAUCUAAUGAUCAUCAAGAACCGGUUGUCAAGGCUACUCGACCACAGGGAAGAUAUAAGAAAAGAGAAAGAGGGAAGCUUGUCCAUGCUUAUUCUUCAAAAGAUCUUGAAGGAAUUCUAGUCAAAAAGGUUCAGAAGGCAUCCCAUAAAAAUAAUGUAGAAAAUGAGCUGAUGUCUGCAGAAGCAUUUGAGACAGAAAUUUUUUGUCCUGCGGAAUCCAAAGCUGAAGAAGUUUCUCAAGAAUGGUGGGGCUAUAAAUCUGGAUUUGUCUCUGGAGGUUUUCUUGGAGCUCAAACUAAAAAGAAAAACAGAACUGGAAAUGCUCUAAAUGGUAAUGAGAGGACUGCAUUCCUUGAAGAAGAUCAAGAGAACCUCUACAAACUUGUCCAAGAUAAAGCUACAGCUGGAAAGCAAGGACUGGGUAUUAAGGAUCGGCCAAAGAAAAUAGCUGGCGUCCACUUUCAGGGAAAAAAGACAUCUUUUGGCAACAGUGAUGAUGAGGAUUCUGCUGCUGAUGAUACGGAUUCUGCUGGUUUUGACUCCUCAGCUGAGGAGGAAUUUGAGAAUGCUCCAGCAAUGAAGAAUGUUGAUGAAGGAAAAGUUGAUAAUGAGGAAUCAGCUGAUUUUGCUUCCUUAGGAAAAAGAAAACGUGACAGCAGUCCAGAAAUGAAAAUCAAUGAUGAGCAAAAAGUGAAGUUGAAAAAGCUGUGUAAACAGCUUCUACGUCAGGCACCAGGAGAGUCACUAAAGCUGAAAAAGUUGAAAGUUCUCAUUGAAGAGCAUUCAUCUUCCUUCUUUUCCAAUUUCUCUUCAAGGAGUGAGGCUCUUGCUUUCUUGAAACAAAAGCUGGAAGGAAGCCGUAAUUUCUCUUUAGAAGGAAAAAGAGUGAGACUCACGUGCAGGAGAGGCUGAAAUUUUGGUUAGGGAUUCAGUUGCCUGCACCGGUCUGUAUAUUGCAGCUGAGACUGGUUGCUCUCUUAGGAAUUUUUUAAUCCCCACAAUCAUUAAUCAUGCUCCAUUUGUAUCAUUUGGCUAUAUAAAAUUCAUUUUAGUUGCAAGAUUGGAUUAAUUGUACCACAUAAUUACUGAAACAAAUUUUGUUGGAGUAAUGUAUGAAUGACAAGAAACGUCAUAUAAGUUUUAUGGAA